CCCCUAUAGGUUUAUUAAAAAGAAAAACAACGCGGUGUCGGAUGUUCGUAAGGAACAGCGCUCUCUACUUCGCGACUUAACUCACUUUGAGUUAAUAAGCUAAGGACCUCUAAUCCGGCAAUAAUUGUGAAUUUAGGAAGUAAAGUAAUAAAAUAUUUGGCUUAUGUUGCCGCUUGUAAAAGUCCUUGAUUCACAAAAUCACUAUUUAUUGGAAAACCAUCAAGGUGGUUGUUGCGCAACUCUCUCUACCCUUCCAUAUGAGAGAAAACCUAGAAACGGCUUUGUUUUUAUUUGCUUGUUCGAUCGGGAAUGCAAAUCUUUGAAUUGAUAAGUGAAAAAUUGGAAAAAAGCAAAACAAAAAAUAGUGAAAUAGCAUAAAAUGAAGAAACGUUCAAAUUCCCGUGGUCGCCCGGAUGAAUCAACGAUAGUUAACAACUCUAACAUGGCCAAUUCCUCUGCAACGACAUCCACCAUCAAAUCGGGAGCUUUAAGUGCCCCCACCACACCAACCAAAGCACGUGGUGGCGGUGGCGGUGGUGCAACAGUCAAACAUAAACCAGAAGAGAUUGCGGAAACAUUUUUGGUGGUCAAUGAGCGCCCCGUCGAUGAUAUAUCUUUGGAUUUCUUUUACAAGCCACACACUAUUACAUUACUGGCAGUGUCCAUAUUAUCUGUGAUGUACUUUGCCUUUGUCAGGGAUGAAGGCAACUUUGAGGAAAAUAUUUGGGCUGGCAUACUCUGCGUGGUAUUCUUUUUCCUAAUAAUUUCGGUGCUGGCGUUUCCAAAUGGUCCCUUUACCAGACCGCAUCCGGCAGUAUGGCGCAUACUAUUUGGUUGUUCAGUGCUUUAUCUAAUGGCCUUGCAAUUUUUAAUGUUUCAAAACCACAAAACAAUAAUGAACAUAUUCUAUUGGCUGGAUCCAAAAUUAAAAGACUUCCAUAUAAAUAUGGAUAAGGAAUAUGGUGUCAAUUGUUCUGACAUUUCCUUUGAACGUGUUAAGGGACAUUUAGAUGUCUUCGCCUGGGGCCAUUUCCUUGGUUGGGCCUUCAAAGCCGUCCUUAUACGACACAUGGGCAUAUUGUGGGCCAUAUCUGUGAUGUGGGAAAUAACUGAAAUAACUUUUGCUCAUUUAUUGCCCAAUUUUGUAGAAUGUUGGUGGGAUGCCUUGAUAUUGGAUGUAUUACUUUGCAAUGGGCUGGGCAUUUGGGUGGGUUUGAAAAUUUGUAAAAUCUUAGAAAUGCGUGAAUAUAAAUGGGCCAGCAUUAAGGAUAUCUCAUCUACAAGUGGUAAAAUUAAACGUGCCGUAUUGCAAUUUACACCGGAAAGUUGGACGGCGAUAAGAUGGCUAGAUCCUAAAUCGACAGCUAUGCGUUUUGCUGCUGUCAUACAAUUGGUGAUAUUUUGGCAGGUUACUGAACUGAACACUUUCUUCCUGAAGCACAUAUUUGAAAUGCCUCCCGAUCAUUAUGUGGUAAUAGGUCGUCUAGUAUUUGUUGGUCUGUUUGUGGCGCCAUCAGUUAGGCAAUAUUACACAUAUGUGACGGAUACACGUUGCAAACGUGUUGGUACCCAAUGUUGGGUAUAUGGUGCCAUCAUGGUUUCCGAAGCAAUUCUAUGCAUUAAGAAUGGCAAAGAACUAUUUGAGCGCACGCAAGCCAUAAACAUUGUUAUUUGGCUAACAGUACAAGUCAUAAUAUCAGUGGCAUUCGUGUAUGGCUGUAUAUUGUGGCAGCGUAUGAUGGACAAGCGUAAAACUAACAAAGGUCAACAAUCUCCCGAUAAAAAAAUGAAAACCGUAGAUAGCAAAGAAUCAAAAGUGUUCUUGAAAUUGUUAACUUUUAAUUUGGACUUCAUGUCAAAUUGGCAAAGUAUCGCCCAAGAAAUCCCCAAAACGCAACGACACGAAGAUUGAUUAAUUGAUUAGCUAUUUUUAAAUAACAAAUCCCAUCCCAAACCAAACUCUCCAAGCUAUUUUUUAAAUGAUAUAAAUAAACUUCUUCCUUCUCGAAAAUAUUAAAUGUAAAUGUAAAACUAUUACAACUCGUCGCCCUAUAACGAAAACAAGAAGCAGAAAUAACUUUAGAGUAACACAAAGAAGAAAAUGAACAAAAACAAAACUUAUUUAAUAAGUUUAAUGUAUUUUGGAAAAUAAAGUUUAUUUUUAGUUUAUGUUAGUAGUCUCACACAAAUAUGUACUGAUUAAGAUGUAAAAAAAGCAGACAACUCGCAACAACAAUUAAUCUUUAAGAACGCUGUUAAACCAAAUAAGCAUACCUCCUUAUAAAAUGAAACAAAAUCCUUUUUCAUGCUGUCAUUAAUUAUAAAAAAAAAAAACAAAAAAUUUCGUUUUUAGAUUUAAUACCAAAUAAUAAUUUGUUAAAAUUAUAAACAAACAUAAUUAUUUAACUGCCUUAUUUAAGUUUGUUUCAAAUGGAAAGAAAAGAAAAAAAUUAUGUUU